AUGUCCUUUCCAAUCCAAGAUGUUAUUGUGACUUUUUCCUUCAUUGGUAAAAUAGCUUCAAAAGAUGUUGCAUGCUUUUUGGCCAUGCCCUCCUCUAGUCCUGCAUAUAUGGACUGUCAAUUUUCUGAAGAGAAGGGUUUAACAUACGGGCACCUAAUUUGUGGAUUGCAACCUCUAAAACCAAAUGAACAAUCUGAUGGUCCUGCUUUAAGGAAUAUAUCAACUAUGCCUGCCCCUAAGAAGUUGGUCCAGCCAUCGUCCAACGGAAUGCCAGCAUCUCUACCGAGAACUAUGCCCCCACCACCUCCGCCUAAGUUUUCUGAUCCAUCUGAAGUUAAAGCACAAGACAAGAACAAGAAUUUGCUUAAGAAAAAAUCUGACGUAGUUCCAGAUACUUUGGUCAAGCUAAUGGAAUACGGAGAGGAGGAUGACGAUGAUCUAGACGAUUCUAGUGAGGAAUCACUUCCUCAUGGCACCCGAGCAAUUGGGAUUCAAAAGCCUUUCUGGGCUUUAUGA